AGUAUAGAGUAUUUUAAUCUGUAGGGAACCAAGAUGUCAGAUGAAAACAAAGCUGCCAUUGCAGCAGAAAAAGAGGCUCUGAACUUGAAGUUACCCCCUAUUGUUCAUCCACCAGAAAACAUAGGUGUGAAUACACCAUCACAAAGUAAGCUGCUCAACUAUAGAAGAUCUAAGGAGCAGCAGAAGACAAUUAAUCAGUUAGUAAUUGAUGGAGCCAAAAAAAAUUUAGACAAGACAUUGUAUACAAGAAUACCUUCAUUACCAGAGUCAGAUUAUCCUUCAACUAUGGCCAGUGAAAUUAAAAAAAAAGGAAUCAACUAUAUGUAUUUGAAGCGAUGUGUAGAAAGUAGUCCUAUAGUACCUAUUCAGCAGGAAUGGCUGGAUAACAUGUUAAUGCUGAUACCCGAGUCUUUAAAAGAAGGAAAAGAAAGAGAAGAACUUGUUGAAAGUCUCAUAAAUGAGGUCUCAAGUGACUUUGAAAAUAGCAUGAAGAGAUAUUUGGUGCGGAGUGUUCUUGUGAAACCUUCAGUUAAAUGGCUUAAAGAUGAAGGAGGCCCUUUACCUGAAUCCCCUUUAGGCUUGGACUAUUCUAAUCCAUGGCAUUCUAGCUAUAUGCAGGCAAGAAAUCAAAUAUUGUCUAAUUUGCAUAUUGUUCAUCCCACCAUGAAAAUAUUACUGGAGCUUGGUUAUACAACCUUUGCCAAUACAGUUCUGCUGGAUUUAACAGGAAUUAGAGCUAAAGGUCCAAUUGAUUGUGAAUCACUGAAAAAUGAUCUAUCAAUACAAGCUAAAAAGGCAGAAGAGAAGAUAAUGAAUACAUGGUAUCCAAAGGUUAUAAGUCUGUUUACCAAGAAGGAGUCAUUAGAGGGCAUUACCCCUGAAAAAGUAGAUGCUUUUUAUAACUGUGUUUCCACACUCAUGUCAAAUCAGUUAAAGGAUAUCUUAAGGAGAACUGUUGAAGGAUUUGUAAAACUCUUCGACCCAAAUGACCGAAGAGGGCUGCCAGUAUUUAAGAUGGAAUUGACAUUUGAUGAUGAGAAAAUGGGAUUUUAUCCUACCUUUCAAGAUUUGGAAGAUGUUGUUUUGGGUUUAGUAGAGCGGAUAGCUGAAGCUUUGCAGAAUAUCCAAACAAUACCUUCUUGGCUAGCAGGAACUUCAGCACCUACAAAUCUUGAUACAGAACUUCCUGAACACGUGAUACACUGGGCUGUUGAUAGGCUGAAGAUGGCAGUACAUCAGAACUUAGAAGGUCCAAAACAACAUUAUGAGACAUAUGUUGAAAAAUACAACUGGCUGCUUGAUGGAACUGCUGAUGAACAGAUAGAAAUUUUUCAGGCAGCAGAUCAUACUUUUGAUGAAUACACAGAGCUUAUAGGUAGAUUUUUAAGUCUUGCUUCAGAAAUGAUGCUUUUGCCACAGUGGGUUCAUUUCCCUAUGGUGCGUUUGGAUUGUGAUGAUUUAAAGACAGGCCUGAUAAAUAAAGCAAAAGCCUUUGCAAACAUGUUGUUAAAUGACAUAGCUUCAAAACAUAGAAAAGAAAAUGAAAGUAUUUGCGGUGAAUUUGAAACAAUUAGAGAACAUGCAUUAAAAGUUCCUGAGACAACAGAAGAGAUGAUGGAACUGAUAAGUUUUGUAGAAAAAGCCCGAACUUCUGGAAUUCAAGAGUUGAUUUCAAGGAUUAAGGAAUCCAAACGCCGUAUGAAUUAUUUUUUAGAUGUUUUUCUAUUUCCUCAAGAAGACUUAACUUUAAAUGCAACUGUCCUACUGUGGCCUGGGAAAAUUAAUCCUAUCUUUGAUGAAAAUGAUGAGCUCAUUGAGACGGCUAAACAUAAAAGAGAAAAUGAACUAAUAGCCAAGAGAGAGAAACUGAUUUUGGAAAUAGAAAAGGAAUCACGUCACAUGGAAGAAUUUACAGAAUUUGCAGAGCUGGAACGCAUGCACCAGUAUGUGGCAGAUGUAAGACAACUGCAAAAACGUAUUCAGGAAUCUGAGGAAGCAGUUCAGUUUAUUAAUAAAGAAGAAGAACUUUUCAAAUGGGAAUUAACCAAAUAUCCUGAACUGGAUAAGUUGAAAGUUAACAUUGAGCCAUAUCAGAAGUUUUUUAAUUUUGUUUUGAAGUGGCAACGAACUGAAAAACGGUGGAUGGAUGGAGGUUUUUUGGAUCUCAAUGGGGAAGGCAUGGAAGCUGAUGUAGAUGAAUUUUCCCGAGAAAUUUUUAAGACACUGAAAUUUUUCCAAACAAAACAAAAGAAAGAAUUACAAGAAAAAAGAAAGUUAGCAAAAAGACGAUCUCUGGUAGAAGAGAAAAUGGAAGAAGAACCAAAAGAUAAUCCUACUAUUAAUAUGUGCUCUACGGUAAUGGAGCAGAUAAAAACCUUCAAGGAGUAUAUCCCUAUUGUUUCCAUUCUGUGCAAUCCAGGAAUGAGAGCUCGUCACUGGAACCAAAUGUCAGAAAUUGUAGGCUAUGACUUGACCCCAGACUCUGGAACUACACUGAGAAAAGUUUUAAAAUUAAAUCUCACACCAUACUUGGAUCAAUUUGAAGUGAUAAGUGCAGGUGCCAGCAAGGAAUUUUCAUUAGAGAAAGCUAUGCAUACAAUGAUAGGAACUUGGGAUGAUAUUUCUUUUCAUGUAAGUCUAUAUCGUGAUACUGGAGUCUGUAUUCUUUCUUCAGUGGAUGAGAUUCAGGCUAUACUUGAUGAUCAAAUUAUAAAAACUCAGACAAUGAGAGGCUCACCUUUUAUCAAACCAUUUGAAAAAGAGAUCAAGGCCUGGGAGGACCGUUUGAUUCGAAUACAAGAGACAAUUGAUGAAUGGUUAAAAGUACAAGCUCAAUGGCUGUACUUGGAGCCCAUUUUUUGUUCUGAGGAUAUUAUGCAACAGAUGCCAGAAGAAGGACGUCAAUUUCAGACGGUAGACAGACAUUGGAGGGAUAUCAUGAAAUUUUGUGCAAAAGAUCCAAAGGUUCUUGCUGCUACCUCGUUAACAGGUUUAUUGGAGAAACUGCAGAACUGCAAUGACCUUUUGGAGAAAAUUAUGAAAGGCCUUAAUGCAUACCUUGAAAAGAAACGUCUUUUCUUCCCUCGUUUUUUCUUCUUAUCUAAUGAUGAAAUGUUGGAGAUUUUGUCAGAGACCAAAGAUCCUCUUAGAGUUCAGCCUCACUUAAAAAAAUGCUUUGAGGGCAUUGCUAAAUUGGAAUUCCUUCCCAAUUUGGACAUUAAGGCCAUGUAUAGUUCUGAAGGUGAGCGCGUGGAGCUGAUCACACUUAUUUCCACAUCUGCAGCACGGGGUGCUGUGGAAAAGUGGCUAAUUCAAGUGGAAGAUCUAAUGCUCCGGAGUAUUCAUGAAGUGAUCGCUGCAGCCAGGCUGGCUUAUCCAGAAUCUGCAAGGAGAGACUGGGUUCGGGAGUGGCCUGGCCAAGUUGUGCUUUGUGUUUCUCAAAUGUUCUGGACUUCUGAGACACAAGAAGUUAUAAGUGGUGGGCCAGAGGGGUUAAGAAGGUACUAUAAGGAACUUCAGAAUCAAUUAAAUGACAUUGUAGAGCUGGUAAGAGGAAAAUUGUCUAAGCAGACCAGGACCACUCUGGGAGCUUUGGUUACUAUUGAUGUCCAUGCUAGAGAUGUGGUCAUGGACAUGAUUGAGAUGGGUGUCUCACAUGAUACAGAUUUCCAGUGGCUUGCUCAGCUUCGAUAUUAUUGGGAAAAUGAGAAUGCUCGAGUUCGUAUCAUUAAUUGCAUUGUAAAAUAUGCUUAUGAAUAUCUUGGCAACUCACCUCGACUUGUCAUUACUCCUCUAACUGACAGGUGUUACAGAACUUUGAUAGGUGCUUUCUAUUUAAACCUCGGAGGUGCUCCUGAAGGUCCAGCAGGCACAGGAAAAACUGAGACUACCAAGGACUUGGCUAAAGCUCUUGCUGUGCAGUGUGUGGUGUUCAACUGUUCAGAUGGGCUAGAUUACCUAGCAAUGGGAAAGUUUUUCAAAGGAUUGGCUUCUUCUGGUGCUUGGGCUUGCUUUGAUGAGUUUAAUAGAAUUGAGUUGGAAGUGUUGUCUGUGGUAGCUCAACAAAUCCUUUGCAUUCAGAGAGCCAUUCAGCAGAAGUUAGAAGUGUUUGUUUUUGAAGGGACGGAGCUUAAACUCAAUCCAAAUUGCUUCGUAGCCAUUACCAUGAAUCCUGGCUAUGCAGGCCGUUCAGAGUUGCCAGACAACCUUAAGGUUCUUUUUAGAACAGUAGCUAUGAUGGUUCCAAACUAUGCCCUUAUAGCAGAAAUCUCACUCUACUCCUAUGGAUUUUUGAAUGCAAAACCUCUCGCUGUGAAGAUAGUAAUGACCUACCGGCUUUGCUCUGAGCAGCUCUCCUCGCAAUUUCAUUAUGACUAUGGAAUGCGAGCAGUAAAAGCUGUUUUGGUGGCUGCCGGAAACCUCAAACUGAAAUAUCCAAAUGAAAAUGAGGAUAUACUUCUUCUUCGAUCAAUUAAAGAUGUAAAUGAACCAAAGUUCCUAUCACAUGAUAUACCCUUAUUUAAUGGAAUAACUAGUGAUUUAUUUCCUGGUAUUAAGCUUCCUGAAGCUGAUUAUAAUGACUUUAUGGAAUGUGCUCAUGAAACCUGCAAAGCACAUAAUCUUCAGCCUGUUAAAUUUUUUCUUGAUAAAAUGAUUCAGACCUAUGAAAUGAUGAUUGUUAGGCAUGGUUUUAUGCUAGUAGGAGAGCCUUUUGCUGCUAAGACUAAAGUUCUGCAUAUGCUGGCUGAUACUCUAAGUCUCAUGAAUGAACGAAACUAUGGAGAGGAAGAAAAGGUUAUAUAUAGGACUGUAAAUCCCAAAUCCAUUACUAUGGGCCAACUUUUUGGACAGUUUGAUCCAGUGUCUCAUGAGUGGACUGAUGGUAUUGUGGCUAACACUUUUAGAGAAUUUGCCUUAUCAGAAACGCCUGACCGGAAGUGGGUGGUAUUUGAUGGUCCCAUUGACACCUUGUGGAUCGAGAGCAUGAAUACAGUAUUAGAUGAUAAUAAAAAGCUUUGCCUUAUGAGUGGAGAAAUCAUUCAAAUGUCUCCUCAAAUGAGCCUCAUCUUUGAAACAAUGGACCUCUCUCAAGCAUCACCUGCCACGGUCAGCCGCUGUGGCAUGAUUUAUUUGGAACCCUCACAAUUAGGGUGGGAACCACUUGUGUCUUCUUGGUUGAAUUCCUUGAAAGGACCUCUACAUGAGCCAGAAUAUCAAGCUCUUCUCCAAGGACUUUUUGAUUGGUUAAUACCGCCCUCUUUAAGACUUCGUAAAAAAAAAUGCAAGCUAAGUUCUUUGGACAAAACCAUAGUAAGUGAAGUUUGAAAAAUGCCAAUUAUUUUCUAUAUUUUAAAGUACUUUAAAUACAUGCCUUUAAAAAAAUCAAUUGUAUAUUUAAUAUUUUUCUUUACAACACAGGCUUGCUUUAUGUUCUCCUUGAUUUGGUCUGUUGGGGGAAGUUGUGAUACGGAUGGCCGCCUUGUUUUUGAUGCUUUCAUAAGACUAGUCAUCCUGGGAAAAGAUGAAGAACACCCAGUGCCACAAUCUGUGGGUAAAUGGGAAUGCUACUUUGAUGAAAAAGGCCUGGUCUACGACUACACAUAUGAGUUGAAAAACCGAGGUCGCUGGCUCCAUUGGAAUGAACUAAUUAAAAGUACUAAUUUAGGAGAUAAAUAUACCAAGAUUCAAGAUAUCAUAGUCCCUACGAUAGACACAAUUAGAUAUACAUUUCUAAUGGAUUUGAGCAUUACCUAUGCAAAGCCACUGCUUUUUGUGGGUCCGACGGGUACAGGAAAAUCAGUGUAUGUGAAGGAUAAGCUAAUGAAUCACUUGGAAAAGGACCUGUACUUUCCUUUUUAUGUUAAUUUCUCUGCAAGGACCAGUGCCAAUCAGGUUCAGAACAUUAUCAUGGCUAGAUUGGAUAAAAGACGCAAAGGAGUUUUUGGACCACCUAUGGGAAAGAAAUGUAUAAUUUUUAUAGAUGAUAUGAAUAUGCCUGCAUUGGAGAAAUAUGGAGCUCAGCCUCCUAUUGAAUUAUUACGACAAUUUUUUGACUGCGGAAAUUGGUAUGACCUUAAGGAUACAAGUAAAAUCACAUUGGUUGAUAUUGAACUGAUUGCAGCUAUGGGCCCUCCAGGUGGUGGAAGAAAUCCAGUCACUCCCCGUUUUAUUAGACAUUUCAACAUCUGCACUAUUAAUACUUUCAGUGAUGAAACUAUGGUCCGUAUAUUCUCAUCAGUUGUAGCAUUCUACCUGAGAACUCGUGAAUUUUUUCCAGAGUACUUUUUAAUUGGAAACCAAAUUGUCAGUGGGACAAUGGAGAUAUAUAAACAAUCAAUGGAUAAUCUCUUGCCCACUCCCACCAAAUCUCAUUAUACUUUCAACUUGCGUGAUUUUUCGCGUGUCAUUCGGGGCUGCCUACUCAUUGAAAAAGAUGCUGUGGAGAACAAGCACACUAUGAUCCGUCUGUUUGUGCAUGAGGUUCUCCGAGUGUUUUAUGAUCGUCUCAUUAACGAUGAUGAUAGAAGCUGGCUAUUCAAAUUAACCAAAACUGUUGUAAAGGACCAUUUUAAAGAAUCAUUUGAUGCUAUCUUUUCACAUUUGAGAAAAGGGAAUGCACCAGUGACUGAGGAAGACCUGAGAAAUCUCAUGUUUGGUGACUACAUGAAUCCUGACCUUGAGGGAGAUGACAGAGUCUAUGUUGAAAUUCCAGACAUUCAUCAGUUUUAUGACAUCGUGGACCAAUGCUUGGAUGAAUAUAAUCAAACUCACAAAACAAGAAUGAAUCUUGUCAUUUUUAGGUAUGUAUUGGAACACUUAUCACGAAUAUGUCGAAUUCUGAAGCAAUCUGGUGGAAAUGCUUUACUUGUUGGCUUUGGAGGAAGUGGUCGUCAAUCUUUAACUCGCUUGGCUACAUCCAUGGCAAAAAUGCAGAUUUUCCAACCAGAAAUUUCUAAGAGUUAUGGUAUGAAUGAGUGGAGAGAGGAUUUGAAGGUUCUGUUGAGGAAUGCAGGCAUGAAAGGCCAGAAGACAGUCUUUCUAAUCACGGACACUCAGAUUAAAGAGGAAGCUUUUCUAGAGGAUAUUGACAGUGUGCUCAAUACUGGAGAAGUGCCAAACAUUUUUGCAGCAGAUGAAAAGCAAGAAGUGAUGGAGGGUGUUCGUCCAGUAGCCCAGGCUGGCAGUAAACAUGAUGAACUUAGUCCCUUAGCCCUGUUUGCUUUCUUUGUGAAUCGCUGCAAGGAUAAUCUGCAUGUUGUAGUGGCCUUUAGCCCCAUUGGAGAUGCCUUUCGAAAUCGCUUACGGCAGUUCCCAUCCCUCAUCAAUUGCUGUACUAUUGACUGGUUUCAGCCAUGGCCUGAAGAUGCCCUUGAACUUGUAGCUGUAAAAUUCUUGGAAACACUAGAGCUCACUGAAGUUGAACGACAAGAGGUAGUUCCAAUCUGUAAACACUUUCACACCUCCAUUGUGGAUCUUUCAGAAAGGUUCUUGCGAGAGUUAGGACGACAUAACUAUGUUACCGCCACUUCUUAUCUUGAACUUAUUGCUUCAUUUCGACAGCUUUUGACUAAAAAGCGACAAGCUGUCAUGAAUGCGAAACAACAAUAUACAAAUGGACUUGACAAAUUAGCUUUUGCUGAAUCCCAGGUUGGUGAAAUGCAAUUGGAGCUUGUCCAGUUACAGCCCAAAUUGGAGGAAGCUAAAAUUGAGAAUGCACAUAUGAUGCAGAUUAUUGAGGUAGAGUCUGCACAAGUAGAAGCAAAAAGACAGUUUGUAAAAUUUGAUGAAGAGAUAGCCAGUGGAAAGGCUGAAGAAGCUCAAGUUCUGAAAAACGAGUGUGAAAGUGACUUAGCUGAGGCGAUUCCAGCCUUGGAAGCAGCUCUGUCUGCAUUGGAUACGCUAAAGCCAGCUGAUAUUACCAUUGUGAAAUCAAUGAAGAAUCCUCCAUCUGGUGUUAAAUUAGUUUUGGCUGCUAUUUGUGUCAUGAAAGAUAUAAAACCAGAAAAAAUUACAGAUCCAUCAGGAACUGGAGGCAAGAUAUUAGAUUACUGGGGACCUAGCAAAAAACUUCUGGGAGAUAUGAAUUUCUUAAGAGAUUUGAGAGAAUAUGACAAGGACAACAUACCAGUGAGUGUUAUGCAGAAGAUUCGUGCUGACUACUUAACAAACCCUGAAUUUGACCCACCUAAGAUUGCUAAAGCUUCCUCUGCAGCCGAGGGUCUAUGCAAGUGGAUCAUGGCUAUGGAAGUGUAUGACAGAGUUGCAAAGGUAGUGGCUCCUAAGAAAGCCCGCUUAGCAGAAGCUCAAAAGUCCUUAGCUGAGACCAUGGGCCAUUUAAAUAAGAAGAGAGAUGAAUUGGCAGAGGUAGAACAUCAUUUGGAAAAUUUACAAAAAACAUUUACUGAGAAAACUGAGGAAAAAGCUCGUUUAGAAGACCAGGUGGAACUUUGUGCUAAGAAACUUGAAAGAGCUUCAAAACUAAUUGGAGGACUGGGUGGAGAAAAAUCAAGAUGGGCUCAAGCUGCAGACGACCUUCAGACAGUAUAUGAAAAUUUGACUGGUGAUGUCUUAGUAUCUGCGGGAGUAAUAGCCUACCUUGGUGCUUUCACGUCUGGCUUUCGACAAAUGUGUACACAAAAUUGGAGCAAGUUGUGCAAGGAAAAGAAAAUCCCAUGUUCAGAGGAAUUUUUAUUGAGUAAGACCCUGGGUGAUCCAGUAAAAAUUAGAGCUUGGAAUAUUGCUGGAUUACCAACAGAUACUUUCUCCAUAGAUAAUGGAGUGAUUGUUAAUAACUCCAGGCGUUGGCCUUUAAUGAUUGACCCGCAGGGCCAAGCCAAUAAGUGGAUCAAAAAUUCUGAAAAAGAAAAUCAGCUUAGUGUUAUUAAACUAUCAGAUUCAGACUAUAUGAGAACACUGGAAAAUUGUAUUCAGUUUGGAACUCCACUUCUAUUAGAAAAUGUUGGCGAAGAACUGGAUCCAUCUUUGGAGCCUUUACUACUCAGACAAACUUUUAAACAAGGUGGCAUUGAUUGCAUCAGACUUGGUGAAGUCAUUAUUGAGUAUUCCUUUGAUUUCAAAUUUUAUAUCACCACAAAACUGAGAAAUCCACACUAUAUGCCAGAGCUGGCUACAAAAGUGUCUCUGCUCAAUUUCAUGAUAACUCCAGAAGGACUUGAAGAUCAAUUACUAGGUAUUGUUGUUGCAAAGGAGAGACCAGAACUAGAAGAGGAACGAAAUGCUCUUAUUCUUCAGUCUGCAGCUAAUAAGAAACAACUAAAAGAUAUAGAGAAAAGAAUUUUAGAAACAUUAUCAUCUUCAGAAGGCAACAUUUUAGAAGAUGAAAGUGCAAUUAAAAUCUUAGACUCUGCUAAAAUCAUGUCCAAUGAGAUAACAAAGAAACAGCAGAUUGCAGAAAAAACAGAACUCAAAAUAGCAGAGUCUCGAGAAGGCUACAGACCCAUCGCUAAACAUUCAUCAGUGUUAUUCUUUAGUAUUGCAGACCUGGCUAACAUUGAUCCCAUGUACCAAUACUCUCUGAGCUGGUUUGUGAACCUUUAUAUCAACUCUAUUCAUGACAGUAACAAAUCCAAAAUUUUGGAAAAGCGUCUCCGAUACUUAAAUGACCACUUCACAUACAACUUGUAUUGUAAUAUAUGCCGAUCACUAUUUGAGAAGGACAAGAUGUUGUUUUCCUUUUUAUUAUGUGCCAAUCUUCUUCUGGCAAGGAAAGAGAUUGAAUACCAGGAACUGAUGUUUCUUUUAACUGGAGGAGUAAGUCUUAAGAGUGCUGAGAAAAAUCCUGAUCCAUCUUGGCUACAGGAUAAAAGCUGGGAGGAAAUUUGUCGUGCAAGUGAAUAUCCUGCCUUUAAAGGACUCAGGGAGCAUUUUUCUGAAAAUAUAUUAGAAUGGAGGGCAAUCUAUGACAGUAAAGAGCCACACAAUGCUAAAUUUCCACAACCAAUGGAUACAACACUAAAUGAACUACAGAAAAUAAUAAUUCUUCGGUGCUUAAGACCUGACAAGAUUACCCCAGCUAUAACAAAUUAUGUAACUGACAAACUUGGGAAAAAGUUUGUAGAGCCUCCACCAUUUGACUUGGCAAAGAGUUACUUGGAUUCAAAUUGUACUAUCCCCUUAGUCUUUGUGCUGUCUCCAGGAGCAGAUCCCAUGGCUAGCCUGCUGAAAUUUGCAAAUGAUAAAGCUAUGUCCGGAAACAAAUUUCAAGCUAUUUCACUGGGACAGGGACAAGGACCAGUUGCAACAAAAAUGAUUAAAGCAGCAUUGGAAGAGGGAACUUGGGUUUGCCUACAGAAUUGUCACCUUGCUGUCUCUUGGAUGCCCAUGUUGGAAAAAAUAUGUGAAGAUCUUACUCCUGAAAUCUGUAACUCUUCCUUUAGGCUUUGGCUCACAAGUUAUCCAUCCCCUAAAUUUCCAGUAACAAUUCUACAGAAUGGAGUGAAAAUGACAAAUGAACCUCCCACAGGUCUUCGGCUAAAUCUCCUUCAAUCAUAUCUCACUGAUCCAGUUUCUGAUGAAGAGUUUUUCAAGGGAUGCCCAGGAAAGGAAUUGGCAUGGGAGAAGUUGCUGUUUGGCGUUUGUUUUUUUCAUGCCCUUGUGCAAGAGAGAAAGAAAUUUGGUCCUCUUGGUUGGAAUAUUCCAUACGGAUUUAAUGAAUCAGACUUACGCAUCAGUAUCCGACAACUACAGUUAUUUAUAAAUGAAUAUGAUACAAUUCCAUUUGAAGCUAUCUCGUACCUGACUGGGGAGUGUAACUAUGGAGGAAGAGUGACAGAUGAUUGGGACAGACGUCUCUUGUUAACCAUGCUGGCUGACUUUUAUAAUCCUCAUAUAGUUGAAAAUCCUCAUUAUAAAUUUUCUCCCAGUGGAAACUAUUUUGCACCUCCCAAAGGCACCUAUGAUGACUAUAUCGAAUUCAUUAAGAAACUUCCAUUUGCUCAACACCCUGAGAUAUUUGGAUUGCAUGAAAAUGUUGAUAUCUCCAAAGAUCUUCAGCAAACAAAAAUCCUCUUUGAGUCCUUACUCCUCACUCAGGGGGGUGCCAAACAGACCAGAGCCUCAGGAAGUACUGACCAGAUCCUCCUACAAAUUACCAAAGAUAUUCUCAAUAAGCUCCCAAAUGAUUUUGACAUUGAAGCAGCACUGUCAAAGUAUCCUGUGAAAUAUGAAGAGAGCAUGAAUACUGUAUUAGUACAAGAAAUGGAGCGAUUUAACAAUUUAAUUAAAACUAUACGUAACACUUUACGGGACCUUGAAAAAGCUAUUAAAGGCGUGGUUGUAAUGGAUUCUAUGUUGGAGGCCCUCUCAGGCAGCUUACUUAUUGGAAAGGUUCCAGAAACAUGGGCCCAACGAUCAUAUCCAAGUCUUAAACCCCUGGGGAGCUACAUCACAGAUUUUCUAGCCCGGCUGCACUUUUUACAGGACUGGUACGACUCAGGAAAACCGAAUGUGUUUUGGCUCUCGGGUUUCUUUUUCACCCAAGCUUUUUUAACCGGAGCUAUGCAGAAUUUUGCCAGAAAAUAUACCAUCCCUAUUGAUUUACUAGGAUAUGAAUUUGAGGUUAUUCCUUUUGACACAGCUGAUAUAGCACCAGACGAUGGUGUUUUUAUCCAUGGAUUAUAUCUUGAUGGAGCACGCUGGGAUAGAAAAAGUGGAUUACUUGCUGAACAAUAUCCUAAACAUCUGUUUGACCUGAUGCCCAUCAUAUGGAUAAAACCAACUAAAAAGUCUAGGAUCGAGAAGUCAAAUGCCUAUGUCUGUCCUCUGUACAAGACAAGUGAGCGUAAAGGAACGCUUUCUACUACAGGACAUUCUACUAACUUUGUUAUUGCGAUGUUGUUAAAAACGGAACAAUCUACUCAGCACUGGGUCAAGCGUGGUGUAGCUUUGCUUUGUCAGCUGGAUGAUUAA